AUUCUUACUACGCUAAAGAAGAAAUAAUUAUUCGAGGAUAUUUGCCUGGCCCAGAAGAAACUUAUGUAAAUUUCAUGAACUAUUAUAUCCGUUUUCCUCGGAGUGAGAGAAAACUCUUUUUAGAUAUCAUCUGAGAGGUAGUUAAUUUGGCACCAUGGGGAUACAGGGAUUGCUACAAUUUAUCAAAGAAGCUUCAGAACCCAUCCAUGUGAGGAAGUAUAAAGGGCAGGUAGUAGCUGUGGAUACAUAUUGCUGGCUUCACAAAGGAGCUAUUGCUUGUGCUGAAAAACUAGCCAAAGGUGAACCUACUGAUAGGUAAGUCUGGACCUUAUGUUAAUUCUUUGACAAUUAAGAAUGAGACCUACAGUGCCUUUUUUUCUCCCCCAGAAACGGAUUGUUUUCACUCAAUGCCAGAACUUAUCAGGAAGUAAAAGUUGUAUGUUUUAGAAUAUUCCCAAAUCAGGGAUGACUUCCUUCUGUGAUAAUAGGCCUAGUUUUCUUUCUUUAUAAUAAGCCAGAGUAUCAAGACACUGAUGGACAAAGACUAUUAAUAUCUCCUUUAUUCUUUUUUUUUUUUUUUUUUUAGACGGAAUCUCUAGCCCAGGCUGGAGUGCAGUGGCACAAUCUCGGCUCACUGCAACCUCCGCCUCCCAGGUUCAAGCAAUUCUCCUGUCUCAGCCUCCCAAGUAGCUGGGAUUACAGAUAAGGAAACCAAGGCUUGGAGGCUCAAGUAGUUCACCAGACAUCACAUGGCUCGUAUGUAGGAUUUUGUAUGAAAUUUGUAAAUAUGUUACUAUCUCAUGGGAUCAAGCCUAUUCUCGUAUUUGAUGGAUGUACUUUACCUUCUAAAAAGGAAGUAGAGAGAUCUAGAAGAGAAAGACGACAAGCCAAUCUUCUUAAGGGAAAGCAACUUCUUCGUGAGGGGAAAGUCUCAGAAGCUCGAGAGUGUUUCACCCGGUCUAUCAAUAUCACACAUGCCAUGGCCCACAAAGUAAUUAAAGCUGCCCGGUCUCAGGGGGUAGAUUGCCUCGUGGCUCCCUAUGAAGCUGAUGCGCAGUUGGCCUAUCUUAACAAAGCGGGAAUUGUGCAAGCCAUAAUUACAGAGGACUCGGAUCUCCUAGCUUUUGGCUGUAAAAAGGUGAUUUUAAAGAUGGACCAGUUUGGAAAUGGACUUGAAAUUGAUCAAGCUCGGCUAGGAAUGUGCAGACAGCUUGGGGAUGUAUUCACGGAAGAGAAGUUUCGUUACAUGUGUAUUCUUUCAGGUUGUGACUACCUGUCAUCACUGCGUGGGAUUGGAUUAGCAAAGGCAUGCAAAGUCCUAAGACUAGCCAAUAAUCCAGAUAUAGUAAAGGUUAUCAAGAAAAUUGGACAUUAUCUCAAGAUGAAUAUCACGGUACCAGAGGAUUACAUCAAAGGGUUUAUUCGGGCCAACAAUACCUUCCUCUAUCAGCUAGUUUUUGAUCCCAUCAAAAGGAAACUUAUUCCUCUGAACGCCUAUGAAGAUGAUGUUGAUCCUGAAACACUAAGCUACGCUGGGCAAUAUGUUGAUGAUUCCAUAGCUCUUCAAAUAGCACUUGGAAAUAAAGAUAUAAAUACUUUUGAACAGAUCGAUGACUACAAUCCAGACACUGCUAUGCCUGCCCAUUCAAGAAGUCGUAGUUGGGAUGACAAAACAUGUCAAAAGUCAGCUAAUGUUAGCAGCAUUUGGCAUAGGAAUUACUCUCCCAGACCAGAGUCGGGUAUUGUUUCAGAUGCCCCACAAUUGAAGGAAAAUCCAAGUACUGUGGGAGUGGAACGAGUGAUUAGUACUAAAGGAUUAAAUCUUCCAAGGAAAUCAUCCAUUGUGAAAAGACCAAGAAGUGAAGAGCUGUCAGAAGAUGACCUGUUGAGUCAGUAUUCUCUUUCAUUUAUGAAGAAGACCAAGAAAAAUAGCUCUGAAGGCAAUAAAUCAUUGAGCUCUUCUGAAGUGUUUGUGCCUGACCUGGUAAAUGGACCUACUAACAAAAAGAGUGUAAGCACUCCACCUAGGACGAGAAAUAAAUUUGCAACAUUUUUACAAAGGAAAAAUGAAGAAAGUGGUGCAGUUGUGGUUCCAGGGACCAGAAGCAGGUUUUUUUGCAGUUCAGAUUCUACUGACUGUGUAUCAAACAAAGUGAGCAUCCAGCCUCUGGAUGAAACUGCUGUCACAGAUAAAGAGAACAAUCUGCAUGAAUCAGAGUAUGGAGACCAAGAAGGCAAGAGACUGGUUGACACAGAUGUAGCACGUGAUUCAAGUGAUGACAUUCCGAAUAAUCAUAUUCCAGGUGAUCAUAUUCCAGACAAGGCAACAGUGUUUACAGAUGAAGAGUCCUACUCUUUUAAGAGCAGCAAAUUUACAAGGACCAUUUCACCACCCACUUUGGGAACACUAAGAAGUUGUUUUAGUUGGUCUGGAGGUCUUGGAGAUUUUUCAAGAACGCCGAGCCCCUCUCCAAGCACAGCAUUGCAGCAAUUCCGAAGAAAGAGCGAUUCCCCCACCUCUUUGCCUGAGAAUAAUAUGUCUGAUGUGUCGCAGUUAAAGAGCGAGGAGUCCAGUGACGAUGAGUCUCAUCCCUUACGAGAAGGGGCGUGUUCUUCACAGUCCCAGGAAAGUGGAGAAUUCUCACUGCAGAGUUCAAAUGCAUCAAAGCUUUCUCAGUGCUCUAGUAAGGACUCUGAUUCAGAGGAAUCUGAUUGCAAUAUUAAGUUACUUGACAGUCAAAGUGACCAGACCUCCAAGCUACGUUUAUCUCAUUUCUCAAAAAAAGACACACCUCUAAGGAACAAGGUUCCUGGGCUAUAUAAGUCCAGUUCUGCAGACUCUCUUUCUACCACCAAGAUCAAGCCUCUAGGACCUGCCAGAGCCAGUGGGCUGAGCAAGAAGCCGGCAAGCAUCCAGAAGAGAAAGCAUCAUAAUGCCGAGAACAAGCCGGGGUUACAGAUCAAACUCAAUGAGCUCUGGAAAAACUUUGGAUUUAAAAAAGAUUCUGAAAAGCUUCCUCCUUGUAAGAAACCCCUGUCCCCAGUCAGAGAUAACAUCCAACUAACUCCAGAAGCGGAAGAGGAUAUAUUUAACAAACCUGAAUGUGGCCGUGUUCAAAGAGCAAUAUUCCAGUAAAUGCAGACUGCUGCAAAGCUUUUGCCUGCAAGAGAAUCUGAUCAAUUUGAAGUCCCUGUUUGGGAAUGAGGCACUUAUCAGCAUGAAGAAUUUUUUCUCAUUCUGUGCCAUUUUAAAAAUAGAAUACAUUUUGUAUAUUAACUUUA